AUGGCGCAAAAUGAAAGUGACAGUGAACAUAGUGAACACGAAGAAUUGUAUGAAGAAAGUACAACUACUAAUCAGUCUAAAGGUCGUCCUAAAAGUUUCGUCUGGGACUACUUUGACAAGGAUAAUAAUGGUAUAACUGUGAUCUGUAAAGUUAUAUUGGAUAAUGGAAAGAAAUGUGGUGUCUCAUAUAAUGACGGCUCAACAACUUCAAAUUUGAUUAACCAUCUCGCUCCGAUAGUAUACCUUCCAUCACGGCUUCAAUCAGAUGAAAGUGCGCCCGUACGAAAGGAUGGUGAACGAUUAGCACGUAUUAUGCUUAGCGAUGAUGAAUGGAUAUUUUUAGACGAAUUGAAUGAUAUAUUGUGUGGUUUUGAAGAAAUAACGACGUUACUAAGUGGAAAUACUUAUGUAACAAUUUCUUUAAUGUAUCCAGCUAUUUCAACAUUAGUGAAAACUUUAAAAAUAUUAUUACAACAAUCUUAUAUUGAAUCAGCUUCAACAGAUAUGGGUGAAUUAACAAUUCUCGAUUCUGUAGAAGAAAUUAUCGACGAUACGAAAGACAUUGUUGAGAUUAAAGAAGUUGACGCUUCAUUAGGAAUUAUACACAAAACAAUUAACAUCUCAGUUCCAAUGAUUACAAUUGGAAUGCUUGAGAAGGUUAAAAAAGUAUUGUAUGAUAGUAUGUAUCAUUAUUGGAAUUCUGUUACAGACGUCGGCAUGUUGGCAUGUUUACUUGAUCCACGUUUUAAAAAGCUACGUUUUGCCAACACAAAUGUGGUUAUACAAACUAAAGAACACUUAAAAAGUUUGUAUGAAUUGGAAUGUGAAAUUCACCCAACUCCUAAACGUCCAACGUCUUUGUCAAAUAUUCAGCAUGAUGAUCAUAAUGAUUUCGAAGCUGCUUUAGAAGAGGAGGGGAGAUGA